AGAGACUAUACCGGAAGUAGGAUGGUCGUUUCUAAACUUGGCUUCGCCUUGUUUGGAAUGUCGUUUAUUAUCGUAGGCUGAGAAGUUAUAUUUUGGAACGAAAAGUUUUACUGGACGUGUACCAAGAUAUUUCUUCAAAAUGGUUCGAUUGGAAGUGGUAGUUGUCUUUAUUUUUGUUGGAGUGGCCUUUGCCCAAUUAGAUCCUGAUGAUAUUCCAUCUGAAUGGCUUCCAGAACAAUUCCCAAAUCCAAAAAGAAAUCCUCAAGCAUGUGGCCUUGGAAACAAAUAUGGUUAUGUGUGUGACCCCAACCGACUUCUUACGGAUAAAGAACGUCUAACUUUAGACUGGUUAAUGGAAGGUUUAGUAAAAAAUGAUACAAAAUGUCCAUGUAGUGUGUGGGCAUGUGAACAGAAGAAACAAGGAUAUUCUAUUGCUAUUGCUUUAGUCAAGAAAAUGAAAAUCCCUGACAGAUCCAGGACAGUUCUAGAUCAGGCCAAAGUUUUUGCACAUUAUUUACAAAGUUCUCACUGGCACUAUGGUCGAUGUGAGGAAGACAUUGUUAUUCUUUAUUCUAAAGAUGAUGAAGUGCUACAGUUUAUGGCAGGUAAAACAGCUGGCGCUGUAUUAACUAAUCAAGUAGCAAGAUCUAUAGGUUAUCAUGUCGGUGGUCAUUUUCGAGAAGGAGGGAAUCUCCCAUAUGGUUUAUAUGAUCUGGGUUUACUAUUAAGGGAUGUUUUGAAUGGUAAUACAAUGUAUGCCUUGGCUCCCAAGGCUGAAGCUUUACAUGGAAGUGCUGGAUCUCUAACAGUGUUCAUUUCUACAUUGAUUAUGACUGUCUUAGCAUUGUUUAUCGUCUCUUGAUCUCACUCACUUCUUUUGUAUAUUUAGCUACAUAAUGCAAUGAUCGAAUUAACUGUGCUCCUUAUUAAACUCAAUUUUUAGAUAUCAAUGAAAGGAAGGCAAAUAAUCUGUGAAACCUGUGUGCCAUAAUUUGAAAAGGUUGAUGAUGAUUUGAUAGUACAAGUCAUGAGUCUUUUCGAGAUCACAGCUAAUUGUUAAGGUUUUUGAUAAAUGAAAACGUCAACGUGAAAUGAACAAUAUUUAUGUUACAUGUUAUGCCAUUCUUAUUCUAAGAAAUAUUUUUCAAGUUAUUAGUAAAAAAGAAAAUAUUUGACAUCUAUUAAAAUUAAAUGAUUUUGUUAAGCAUGUUUUAGACAUAAUUUGGUGACAUAAUAAUAGGACAUAAUUUGGUGACAUAAUAAUAGGACUGUCAAAGAUAUUAUGUAUAUAUAAUUGAUAUAUUUGCAUGAGAUUAUGCAGUGAAAUUAUAAUUAUUGCCCUUUAUUUAUAUUUAGUUGUCUAUAAUUUAUAUUGUUAUAUGUCCUUCUUUGUUAGUUUAUAUUAUUAUCACUAAUAGAGAAUAUUAGUUUUGUGGCAUUAUAGAUAACAAGUAGUAGUUAAUUAGAUGUAUGUAAUGAUUACCAUAUGUAAUGUUAUUGUUAUUGUUUCCCUUGCCCAGCUUGCAUACACUUAAUAUUUUAAUCAGUGCUGUCUUAAUUUAAGUUAGUUUAAAACACAAGAAGCUACAUCAUUCACAUAUAUUUCAAAAGUGAAAAGUGUGAACUAUUUUAAUUUAAAGACUGUUGUUAUUAUGUAAGCAGUCAAAUUUUAAAAAAGCAAUAUAGAUGCCAAUGUAAACUUUAAAUGGCCAUAACAUGCAUUAGAAUUGAUUCCUUGAAAAGAAAUUGGGCCUUUUUUUAUUUAAGAAAUAUUAACCUUUAAGCUCUAUAUUUAACCUUUAUUUUGCCAUGUAGGUGCUUUAAGCUGAAUUCUGUCAACCUGCAGGUUAGAAAAUAACCCUUGCAGGAAUUCAAGUGUUGUGAAAUUUUACGAAAAAGCCAUUAAGUGGCUUGAGUGAAUCUCCUUAAAGUUUAUGAUGCAUUUCAUUGAAAAAAUAGCUUUUACAAGACAAGAGUUCAUGUGAUUUUAACAUUCUACAAAAAAUGAGCCCCAUAUAAUAAUUUAAUAUACAUGUAUAUUGAUAUAUAUUUUAUAGCUUCUAGAUGCCCUGCAUAUUUAUAUUGUCUCAGUAUUGUACAGUAUGUAUUCACAUAUGUUUAAAUGUAAUUUUUAUUCUCUUUUGUGUUCAGUACUUAGAAAAAAAGUUUAGUAGUGAUGCAUGUACAACAUGGGUUAGAAAUGAAUUUCUUUUCUUUGGAAAAAAAAAAAAAGAAAUGGGCAUGCUCAGUUUUGAAUUUAAAAAGUUCAACUAAGCAAAAUUUCAAUCUAAUACCAUGGAAUCGCAAAAAGAUAUGAUUUGAGAACAACUGUUAUCACUGAUGGCAGUGAUAAUUAAGAUGUGCUCAAUGGAGUAAAUAUGUACUGAUUCAGUACUUACAGGUAUGUAAGAUGUUUAAUUGUAUAAAGAAUUAGUAAAUCUGAAAUGGCUAUUCAAUAGGGAAUAGUGAUUUGCAUGUUGUAGUGUUACAGUCUGAUUGUAUAGGAUUGCUUGUUGAUUUCUCAACAUAAACUAUGGCAAUAUACAAUUGCCUGUGCUUUGAAUGAUAUACCAUUGUAGCCAUACCUUUAUGACAGUCUUUCUAACAAUAAUUUCAUAUUGAAAGUACUUUAUAAACUGUAAAAUACUCAUUGAAAUAUAGUGGUAGUUCUAAGUCUUCAGUUAUUAGAUGUAUUUUGUUGUUAUUAGAUUAGUAAUAUUUUUAGUUCUAUUGCUUUGUUUCAAUAACUUUACAACUCCAGUAGCAGUAAAUCCAUGUUAGUGCAUUUUUUAAAUAUUUUAUAUACUUCAUUUUUAAAUAAAAAUUUAUCUUUUAAUUACUUUGUUUAAGUGGUAAAAUUUAUAAAGAUUAAUAUCAUUGAUGACGUACAAUAAACAGUUAAACUUGUA